GUUCAUGCCAGUGUAUCACUGGUGACCAAGACAUCAUGACAUUCUAAGGUCAUAUGAUUAUCAAGAAAUCGGCGUACACACAAUGCACUUAAGCGACAUUAUCCUCCUUUCGCAAGAAGAUACCGAGCGAGCAACCACCGACAUUGCCGCAAUUGUCCAGUCUUUCUCAUUGACAAGCCCCCUUGGGGCUCUUAGAUACGGCAGAAUACCUCUGGCCGAGCUAAAGCAAUGGAUCACGAAAGGUGUCAGGGCUGAUCUCGAGCAUGAAUCUCAAUACCCCAGGAUCACGCAACUUGGCACAGACGAAUUCGGUUUAAAUAUCGAGCGAUACGAGAGUCUUGUCAUCGAGGAUCUAGAUCUCCAGCCACUAUCAAGCCCAGUAGACCAGCAACUUGCACCAAAUCAUGGUCAAAUUGUUGCUCAUGCAUCGUUCCUCUAUCAUCCGUCGAAUGAAAAGAGGCAAAGCAGUGACAAGAUAGGGAAAGAACCAGCUAUCUCAUCAGAAGCCAACCAAACAAACGACCUUCCAUCAUCUGGCCAUGGUGAACUACACAGAUAUUGGAAUCAGGCAGUCGAGACGGCACUAGAGAGUGAAUUCGGAGAUCUACACUGUUUCGAAGUACGGGAAUUGAGCGUACUCGCCCCUAGCCAUUGGCGUAAGGGAAUCGCCAGCACGCUUCUUACCUGGAUCUUCCCAUUCGCCGAUAGGAUUGGAGUUCCCGUUGUGCUUGCUGCAACGCCUGCUGGAUAUCCGCUUUAUCUCAAGCAUGGAUUCGUGCAGGUUAGCGGUAAGAAUGGAAUUGUUGAGUGCGACAUGGCCCAAUGGGGAGGUUCAGGAAUCCAUCGACAUGUGCUCAUGAGUCGAGCUCCAGCAAAGCAAGAGUAGGAAUACCCUGAGUGACAUGAGGAUCUCGGAAUCCGGGCGGAUCAAAGUAUCGGAUGGAAGGAAGGCGUGUUUGGCAACAAUCAUAGGUGGGAGGAGUGAAAACGAUGUCACUGGCGCCUCGUGGACACUAUCGGAUACAUCUCCCACCCUCGGUGUAUCAUGCCCCAUUAAGUCGACCAUUCACAGCUUCGCGAGAGGAUGUCAUCAUUUUUUGGAGGCGUUUCCAGUGUUCGCUGACCAUCGACACAUCUGGGUUGGUUCUAGAAACAUCGAGGUACAAAACCAGCGAGUGGCGGCUGCUGCUGACUUUCUUGCAUUAAAGGAUUUGUUGUUGAAAAGAACGAUAAGGCUCAAGGUAAUAAUGUGGCCUUAUGUGAGAUGCUCAACAAAAAUGGAUGCGUACUUGUUUAUCAUUGGAUAGCAUGACAAUGAAUGACGCUUAGAAGAUCCUGUGAGACAAGAGCACGUGUGGUCAAAAUAAAGCUGCACGAAAGAAUGUCGCCAUCAUCUGAUGUCGAUUGUCUGCG